AUGCGCGUGGGAGCCAUACUAGAAGAAUCACAUAGACAUCAUCCAUAUUGCCCAAACGAUCACGGACCUCUCUUCCUUCUCCUCACCCACCAACAUUACCCCGGGGUCAACCAGAGUGAACGAGGACUUGUGUCUGGCGCCCUCCAAGCCUCCAGCAGAACAGGGUUCGUCAAUCUCCGGACAACACGCGCACCAGCGUUUUUUCUCCGCCAAGACCUCUCGAUCUCCCCUCCUCCCUCUUUCCAACAUCGUCUGAGUCGACGACAACGACCAAUCUUGCAUUGCACUAUGCCAGCAGAGUUACAUUCCAUAUACGACCUCACCACCCAUUCCAAGGCCACCACUGGCGAUGUUCCCCAGAAGCUUGUGGGCGCUUCGACGACGGUGGUUGGUUCGAAGAUGUAUCUAUUCGGUGGUCGCCUCGUAGCUGAACGUAGGAUGGUCAACGACCUCUAUGUUUUCGAUCUCGAAACAUAUAAUUGGGAAAGGAUUACGCCCUUUCCUGAAGACGAUGUCCCACGAGCCCGAUACUUUCACAGCGUUGACACUUGGAACAAUCAACUGAUCGUCUUCGGUGGUAUGAGCAACGAACCAGAUUCGCCCAAUCCCGACGAGCUCUGCGUUCUCAAUGAUGUCCGCUUCUUCGACAUCGCCUCUCGUCACUGGCUUCCUCAGUCACGUUUGGCUACUCCAGAGAACCUUAUUCCUCGCGCACGUUAUGCUCAACUGUCUUCUGUCACGGGAGACCGUCUAUUCAUCAUUGGCGGUCAGGACUUCUACAACACUUGGCUUGACGACAUCUGCGUCUACGAUCUACUGGCAAAAACUUGGUCUGAGAAACGUGAUUACCCCCGACAUUGCGGCUCCUACCGCAGUGUUGCCGUCUCCUCAAAUAUGUGUGUCCGCUUUCCCAAGGAAGAACUCUGGACCUCCAAGUUACCAAACCCACUUGGUCCGAGUGGUUCUCGCUUUCAAACUCCUAAUUCCCCCCCAACCGACGACACAACUGGGUCCGAAUCGCUUUCGCACCUGCCUUAUUCCGCGCCUCCCGACGAUGAGCAUCCCAGCGACAUUUAUUUGUAUAGCAACUACAACUUCACUGACGUCAAGAGAGAACUAGAAGUCUUCUCACCACUACCCGAUACUGGUUUCACCAUUGACGAUCGCUCUGCCGCCAUGUCGGGCUCCACUUUUCCUCCUGGGCUGCGUUUCCCGACUGGUGCAAUCCUUGGCACUCACCUCAUCAUUGCGGGAAUCUAUCUGGCACAUAGCUAUCAAUCUUUCUCUAUCUGGGUUCUCGACCUACAAACCAUGGUUUGGUCUCGCAUAGACCCUGGUAAAGCGGUCGAGUCGGGCUCUUGGUUCCGUGGAUGUUUAUGGCCUGAACAAAACAAAUUCCUUAUUUUCGGCAAUCGGAAUGGGAAUCUUGUUGACGAUUACAACCGACGGCUUCUGAGCUGGGACCACGUUGCUGUGGUCGAUUUAGAGGCAUUUGGCAUCUACCAACCACCUGCUCUCAGACUAGACAUUCCUAUGCAAGAGCUCGGCCUUUCAGCGCUGGAAGAGGGUGUUUUAUCGGACUUUGAAAUUGUUUGCGAUGACGGACGAAAGAUUGGUUGCUCGCGAAAGCUACUGGAAGACAGGUGGCCUUGGUUCAAAGAGCAACGGCUCAAGCUUCUCCAAUCUGCGAUGAAUGCUUUGGAAUCGCUACCUUCUUCUCCCAUGCACAUUCCGCUACCCGACCUCCCUGGUAACGUGCCGGACGACGAGAGACCUGAUCCCAGACUCACGCCUCGCGCAUUCAACUUGUCCGAACCUUAUCCAAUCACUCUCGCGCUCUUGCAGUACUUUUACUCCAUGGCAUUGCUCACGCCACUGCAAACCGCGCCAGCAGUUCUUAGUCAACUGCUCGUGCUCGCGACAAAUUACCAAAUCACUCAUCUCCAGUCGCUAGCAAAACACGCGAUGCAUCGCGCGCUGUCGAACUCUACCUCGGUUGGGGUGUACGAAGUGGCCACUUUAUGCAGCUGUCGCAGUCUGCAGAUCCGUGCAUUGAAAACUGUGAUGUCGUACACACAGAAGAAACCGACGCGAACGAGAAACGACAAUGGCGGAGGUGGUGGGGGUGGCCGACCUGAUGGUGGUGGUGGCGGUGGCGGUGGCGGCGGCCCGCGGACAAACGGGGGCGGACCGGGGUCUGAUUCACAGUUCAACACCCGACCACGCGGAACAUCUGAUGCGCGUUGGGGAGAUACGACCAGAGGCGGCCCAUAUAGCAACUACCCCGUUGGGACUAGUUAUCGGGACGACAUUAUCGAGGAUGCCGACCAGCUGUUCACAUUACCCGUUUUCGACAAGUCUGUCCGCCAUAAACGCACUGAAAGCGUUGUUUCCAUCCGAACGGAGGAAGAAAUCCAGGAGCUCAUGGCGUUUAUGGCCCCUGUUGCACCUACGCCUCCUCGUUCACCUCGUAUGAGUGAGCAAAUGCUUAUGGACCAAAUUUACGAGAGCGCUAUGUCACAUCCUUAUGCGCCUUCAUUCAUAUACGAGGACGAUGAAGAGGAUGAAGAAACAGAUGAAGGUUACUACCCGUCGAGUUCACAAGGCUCAGUUUCAAUAUCCGUGGAGGAGUCCGAAUCAGAAGAGGCAGCCGUCAGCGCACCACCAACACCAAGUAGACUUGCCUCGUCCAAGGUUAUGGCUUACCAUCUUCCCCGCCGCAUUGAUACUCGCAAAAGUGCUACUCCCUCACUGGUUUCGUCUAUCUCUACAUCUUCGAGUUCUCAUGCUAGUGGGAGUUACUUCGGCCCGCUAACACCGCCACUUUCGCCGCAAGUGUCAUCCGCUCAUGCUCUUGAGAUGAUCGAAGAGCAAGAGCAGCACUAUGCGGAUGAGGAAAGCGACUCAUUUGACGUGGACCCCGUUCAAUCAAUACGAUCACACAAUCGAUCUGACCAGACCCCCACCAUCCCAUGGUCCGCACCACCCGCCAAAACGCGUUUUGAGUGGGGCUCUCCCGUCGAUAUGAAAAUAACAGAGGUCACCAGGACAGACGAGUUGUCGCGACCGAGGACGAUGUCGCCAUCCCCAUCUGAAACGGAGACAGUCUCUGCUGGUGCCACGGGUGCUCGCCAUAGUUUGUCUGGAAAUGCCUUUUCGCGGAUCUUAGCGCGGAAGUCGACAUCUGGACCAAUCAGUUCUCCGAUGGGCAAGUCUCCGCUCAGCCCUCCCAGCCAUCUGUUCCUCGACGAGAAAUCGCAACGGGCAGAAGAGAAGCGCUUGAAGAAGGAGGCGGACCGUCUGCGGAAAGAAGAAUUGGCGCUCAAGUUGAGGCAGGGAGCGCGCAAAGCCAAGGAUGACUCGGACAGGUCUUCGAGUAAAUCCAAGGAAAAGUAUCUGGAACCCAUUGCCAUGUACGGUGGUGUGUUCCGCGGCAACCUGACGCUGUAG